AUGGCGGCUGUGCCCGAAGAAGCUGAGAAGCGGCGUCUCUUUGCUGCUGCCAGGAAAGCAGCCAAGGAUUCCUUGGUCGAGAUCGACAUCCAGAAGCACUUCUGUGAUGUGGUGCGCUCCGGCCUUUUGAUGGAAGAGCUGGAGCAUGCUUUCAGUUUCACGCAAACCAAUUUGGAUGGGAAACAUGCCAAAGGAGAAGGCUGUCCCACCAGACCAGUUGCCGAUGUCAAGGGCAAGACUGGUAAAAUGACAGUCGGCGGGAGCUUGGGAUACCUGAAGCUCUCAAGUAGAGCUUGCGUCGCGGUGAAUCCAAAGAGGAUUGAGCUGGCAAUGCUUCAGUGGAACAAGAAGCCGAUCGAUUUGAAUCGAAUUCUGCGGACAAUUGAGAUCAAUGCGGACAAUGCAGUUUGGACCACAGAUGAGUACAAGGACAUGGUGGCGGCUGCAUGCCUGCCGUGCUAUUGGCUGAAAGACGAAGAGCACAUCAUCUACUGGCUCGCUGACUCCUUGACUGACGUGGUGUUUUGCCUGUCUCCUCAAGGGACUGGUGCGGACUUCUUGCUCAAGAAGUUCAGUGAUUACGAAGAAGAAGAGAAAAAGAGGAACGUGCUAGGAUGUCGCCGCAAAGUGCUGACUUGUGAAGAUUGGUCUGCCGAUACAGUGAAGCGCUACGUGGCGGUUGCUCGGAAGUUAGAGUCGCAGCCGCAGUUGGUCCAGACAAUCUUGCAGCUGGAGUUUGAGCUGGGGCGUGAUUCGGCUCUUGAUGGAAUCACAGCCUUGCGAUCCUUGGUUGGUCUCAACUUAGAGGAGACCGACGCUGUCUUUGUUGUGAACAUCGUGGGGGUGGAGCAAAGAUGUGGAUUCCGCCGAAAAGGGUCCGUGGUUCCAAUGAGACAUUGCAAGGGUAACUUUGACAUAGCAGUGCGUCUCAAGUCCAUGUUGAUCAGGAGGGACCUGUUCAAGCACCUGGCCGGAUUGUUCAAAAGAUUUGAGUCUGAGAUCCUCAGCUUCAUGGAAGCUUCUUGGUACAAACAGUUCAUUGGGAGCCAGCAGGAAGCUGAAGGAUGUGUAGAGCAGCCUGAAGAUGACGGUGACAUGAAGGUCGAAGUGUCAGCUUUUGCUUCCAAAGGUCCCGUGAUAAGGUUUUGCACAAAGUUGGCCAAGGGGCAUUUCGAGCUCUCCUUGUGCAAGAUUACAUUGGUCAUAAGUCGUGUGGGAAUUAGGAAGGAAUCUGUGCCUGGGAAGUCCCUCAACCUGACCAAGGACGAUGCCUUGCAGAAGCAGGUGGAAGCCUGCCGUGAGAAGCAUGCGACAGACUUUCCUCCUGAGCCUCCUGUCACCCAGAAGCAGUCGAUGGUGAGACAUGAGUUCUUGGAGGUGACAACGACUGCGGAGAUCGAGUCUGAUGCCCACUACCUUGAGGAACUGAGCAGGUUUAACAUUCAAGCGACCCAGCACGAGGCUCGAGUGAUCCAAGAGUACAUGGAUGCCAGAGUGGAGUGGCUGAUUUGGCAGAAUGGUACGGACGGAAGACUUGAGCGGCUCCCUUUGCUUCGGGAAGCUUCUGCGCCGAAGGUGCUGCUGUAUGAAGCGCAAAAUGAUGGCAUGAUCGACUUCGAAGAGGAUCGAGAACCUGAUGGAGAUGUGGGAACGAUCCAGCAAACCUCCACGCCAGAGAUGAAGGACAAAAGUUGCCUCUGCAUCAUGUGCAAGGUGGACAAUUUGAAAACGAAGUCUGCCCUCGACAUCAUCCGCACCAAGAUCCCCAAGAAGGCAGCCAGCGCGAUCAUCACGCUUGACCCAGAGCAAACAGACUUGCUGUCCAGGAUCAGGCUGGCUUUGGCCUCGCACAAGGGCUUCGCAACCGCGGCGUCGACCAUGAAGCAUUUGAAGGCAAUCGAUACGUUCUUCAAUCGGUGGCCUGUGCCCCUCAUCCCAAUUGGCAACUUGAAGGUCUGCAAGGUGGCUGAGUAUGACCUCAUGUUCAGAGACGACACCACCACGGACCGGCUGCACGAGGAGUGCUUCUGCAUGCUGAGUCUGGUGUUGACCCAGGAGAUCUUGCACGUCUUCUCAGCAGGAGUUUUGGUUGCUGCGGGGAUUAGCAGCGGGCUGUCUGUCCUUGGUGGCUUGCUUGGUGGUGCCAGGGUGGUCGCAAUUUGCAGUUCCAAAAGCCAUCAAAAAUAUGUCCAGAAGAACGUGACCCAAUGGUUGAAGGAGAAGAAGCUGGUCCACAGUUGCAGCAGUGGGAACAGAAGAAAGGACGUGGUGGCCCGAGCCCAGCGCCCAAGUCAAUGGCGUCCCCGUCCAAUCGAAGCAGCCCACCCCCAACUCCGAAUGCUGGUGCCGGUGUCAGCGCAAGCGCCAAUGGAAGCAGCCCAGGCCCAACUCCGAAUGCUGGUGCUGCAAGUUCCAAUGGAGGACCAGGGAGGAGUUUGCUGGGUGCCUUUGGAAAUGUUUCGAUGUGAAGCGGCUUCUUGA